AUGGGGUGCCCUCUUCCAGUGUUACCUCAAAGAGUUGUUGGGAUUGGCAGUGCAGCAGGGAUGGUGCACUCGUCGACUGGAUAUAUGGGGGCAAUGACUUUCGCUGCAGCUCCAGUUGUAGCCAACGCAAUAGUUCAAUACCUAGGCUCUGAGAGAAGCAUUUCUGGGUUCGGAAUUGUCUUUAGAAGUUUGGAACGAUUUGCAGCCAAUAGAAAGGAGACCCUAAUGCAUUUUUCCACUUGGUACCCCGUUAUCGGCAUGGAUUCUUAUCAUCUCUGCUAUUUCUUCCCGAUCUCAUACUUUUCAGACACUAUCUUUUUGCUCAUGCCAACAAUACUUCUAGAAUAG